AUGGUGACAAGUGCUCACCCUGACGACGUCGUGCGAUGCGGCUACAAUCCACCAACCAUUGAAGACAUAUCCGAGAUCUGGGCGACAUCGACGCUGAAGAGGAAGGAGGCGCAGUUCUGCAUCUUCUUUGACAUCGAUUUCCAAACCUUCCGGAGCUGGCAGAAGUCAAUCCGGCAGAUCCUGCGACAAGACAGCGGCCAACGAGUGGAAGGACCGAGUGCUAAGAAACGCGGCACACUUGUAUACGCGGAGCCAGGUGCACGACUGUGGUUCCAGCUAGAACCAAGCAAGGAGAAUGAAUACUUCUUCAUUUCGAAAGGAAUCCCGAUCAAGGCCGCAAAAAGCGAACAUCUCAAGGCAUACUUCAAAGACCUCGUUGGAUCCGAGAAAGAGGACGAAGAGGUCGAGGACCAGGCCAUCAAUGGCAAGCGGGCCAAGCGUGUUGUGCCGAGUGCGAUGGCGAAAAUGCACAUGCUGAGCGAGCUUGUGCUAUGGGAAGCGAACUGCAUGAAAGCCGACGAGCGCCUGUGGAGCGAGGUCACCGAGAGGGAUGUUCGGAAGAUGGUGCCGAUCAACCCAGAGUACAUGAAGCUGCAGCGCAGGAACAAAUUCGGCACACCGUCACAGCGCAAGGCGGCGAAAAUCGCGAUCAACUUCAAAGACUGCUACAUCGUCAUCCAUGAUGCAGAGCGGGACUUCGAUGUCAAAAAGCUCAAGCCAAAGCAGCAUAUCAUUGUUAACAUCAAUGAUGUGGUUGCUGGGAAGCCUCGACGACAACCAGAGCCCGAGGAUGUGUCGUGGACGAAAUUCGAAAGCAAAAUCGAAGCAAAGUGGACCGCCGGCGAGGGUCAGAAAAGGACAAUCCUGUAUGAGACAGAGAUCGAUGACGAGGAGAGCGGGGACAAAGAAGAAGGGACUAUCAAGGAUGACGAGACGUUCGUGUAUGCCAUGGAAGUGCUAUUCGAGCGUGCGGAGCGGACGAGCGAGAAGAGAGUGUGCAUGCGGUGUGUGAUUGAGGAUGUCGAAGCUCCGCCAGCCCCGCCAGCCCCGGCUCUCCAAUCCGUGCAGGGUCCCGGGUCUGCUGCCACCAACACGGGAUCCACCUAG